CCCCUCCACAUUGCAUGUUUACUGGAACCAACAGGCGCAAACACAUUGAACCCCGCCAAACCUGGACCGCUUCAUCUUUCAUAACUCCCACAGCCAGGCGACAUCAAGACUCACAACCCCGCCGACGGUAUCUCAAACAUAACCAGGUCGAUUAAGACAAGAACAUUGUAGUUUUCACACACCAGCUCUGCCUUUGCCGACUGAAAGGCUCUCUCGCCGAUAAAACAAUGGCCUCCAACAACCCCGACUCGAGCGCAAACCAGUCUGCGGUCUCGGAGGAUCCCAAGACCGACGUCAACGCAGCCGUCGAAGAACUCCUGAACACAAUCUCUAACAAGUUCGCGGGUGUCUCAAGUGAGAUUUUCGCAAAGAUGGACGAAAUGUCUCGCCGCCUGGACAACCUUGAAGCCGCUCUUCUAGCUAACAAGGAGAAGGACGCCGGCCCGUCCAAGUCUUGAUUCAAGUCUUGACAUAUUUCACGAGGCAGGUGGUUUGCAUGCCGAUGGCGUUAGGGUUCAUAGUACAACCUCACAGGAGCUGAAUAUGAUGGUCGAGUUCCAUGGGCAG